AUGGUGGAAGAAGCAAAAUCGGAUUCGAAAUCAAAACCGAUGCCGAAUGAGAAUCUGAGAGUCGGAGAAAGGGCUUUGUCUGCCGGCGGCGCUGCUUUUAUAUCGGCGGUUAUAGUCAAUCCUCUCGAUGUUGUUAAGACGAGAUUACAAGCGCAGGCUGCUGGAGUUCCGUAUCAAGGCUCAUGUCGAUUGGGUUGUUUCGAAUUGAAUCCCACGGUGGUUCAGGAUUUGAGAAGUAAUCCUCCAGGGAUGUGUCGAAUCACUGGCUCUGCAUCUGUAUGCUCAGAGAAUCAGUACAAGGGAACGCUUGAUGUGUUCUACAAAAUCAUCCGCCAGGAAGGGUUCUCUAGGCUCUGGAGAGGUACAAACGCAAGUUUAGCGUUGGCUGUUCCCACUGUUGGGAUCUACAUGCCCUGUUAUGAUUAUUUUCGCAAUUCAAUGGAGGAAUUUACAGCAGAAAGGUCCCCAUCUUUGACACCUUAUGUCCCAUUAGUUGCCGGGACAAUGGCACGCUCCUUGGCUUGUAUCUCUAUUUACCCUGUUGAGCUAGCUAGGACACGUAUGCAGGCAUUUAAAGGAACGCAAAGAGGUGUGAAACUGCCUGGGGUGUGGAAGACAUUAGCUGAUGCAGUAUAUCCAGUCAAGGGCUCGAGUAAUGGACAGAAUUGCAGGAUGUUAUGGACUGGUCUUGGUGCUCAACUUGCUCGGGAUAUUCCCUUCUCUGCUAUCUGCUGGUCGAUACUUGAGCCCACGCGGAGAAGCAUUCUCUCGUUCAUGGGUGAGAAGCCAACGGCAGGCAGUAUAAUAGGUGCCAACUUCACUGCUGGUUUUGUUGCCGGUGCGGUUGCUGCUGCAGUUACUUGUCCAUUAGAUGUUGCCAAGACUCGGCGACAAAUAGAGAAGAAUGCAGACAGAGCCAUGAGAAUGACCACCAGAGAAACCUUGGCAGAGAUUUGGAGGGACGGAGGAAUGAGAGGGAUGUUUAGUGGAGCAGGGGCUCGAGUCGGACGUGCAGGACCAUCUGUAGCCAUUGUCGUUUCCUUUUACGAAGUGGUCAAGUACGGACUUCACAACUUUCACCAACAACAACAGUAA